GCCGCAGCCAUGAGCAACGCGACGGCUCCCAGCGCUCCCGGCGCUGCGGGCGAUUCGUUGGUGGGCUCCGUGCUCGGCCCCUUCGUGCUGCUCACCCUGCUGGGCGCCGUCCUGGCUGCGGUGAUGUACGUCCAGAAGAAGCGAAGGUCGGAGCGCCUGCGGCACCGCCUGCUGCCCAUGUACAGCUAUGACCCUGCUGAGGAGCUGCAGGAGUCGGAGCACGAGCUGCUGGUGGAGGCGGAGGAGCACCAGAUGGGUCCCACCUGGGGCUCCCGUGGGGGUUGGAGGGCUUGAGGCUGCCCUGGAGCAGGACUGGAACCCACAGCUCCCCCCAGCAGUGGCAGCACAGCACCGGGAGCAGCGCCAGCAUCCCCAUGAGCACGGAUGGUAACAGGGCACCUGCCACCUUCCUGCACAUUUUUCUGCUGCUUUUUCUUGAAACCACCCUAAAAAAAUGCACUGAGGAUGGGGUGGGGAAAUGCACUGGGGCUGUGAGACAGGUGCAGCCCCACAGAGCACCCAUGGGCUCCUAUUGGCCCUAUAUGGUGUUUGCGGGGUCAGGACACCCCAAGUUCCUUUGGGGGGGGGGCAAAUAAACGUUUCUCUGUAACAACAAUGGCGGUGGUGAUGGGCAGACCCCACACGGGGCUCAACCCCAGACCCCAUAGGAGGCUCAAUCCCAGAGCAGAGCAUCAACUGUUUUAUUCCAUAAAACGUUUUAUUCAAGUAACUGCAAAUAGGAAACCAGACGGUCGUUAACAGUGGAACAAAAAAAUAAACAGUAAUAAAUCCCCCCUUAUUUCCCCACACUGGCAGCACCCUGAACCCGACGCCGAACCCCCCCUGGCCCCACUGCAGCCGUGGGGGUGGCACAGGGGGACCCCCAGUGUCCCCAUGCCCCCACCCAGGAGCAGCAGUGACUGAACCUUGAAAGUUAACAGUAGAAAAAAAAAACAAUGAACAAACGGCUGAACUGGGGAGAAUCCCCCCCUGCUGCAACCCCCAGCAAUGCAACCCCCCCAAAAAAAGAGAAAGAUGAUGAUGACCCCAAGCAAAGGAUGCCCGGCUGCCCCACACCGGCACAGCAGUGCUCCGUGAGCCAAGAGUGGAACUUAAAUAUCCAGAGGUAGUUGUGAAUGAGAGGACAACCAAAAAAGGAUUAAAAAAAAAAAAAAAAAAAAGAAAAA